AGUCAGUGAGUGUGUCUGUCUGUGGAAAAGCUCGCUUGAAUCAGCAUGGGACGCUUCUCUCGGGACGUGUGUUUGUUUCUCUUGGUCAUAAACAGUUGCAGGAUGAUGCUGGACACUGUGGCGCUCUCAGAUGCAGACGAGUGCGCCGAGGGUUCAGAUGACUGUCACAUCGAUGCCCUCUGCCAGAACACGCCAAAGUCCUACAACUGCAUCUGCAAGCCGGGCUACAAGGGAGACGGCAAACAGUGUGAGGACAUGGAUGAGUGUGAGAACGACUACAAUGGGGGAUGUGUCCAUGAAUGCAUCAACAUACCAGGAAACUACAGGUGCACCUGCUACGAUGGAUUCAUGCUGGCCCAUGAUGGACACAACUGCAUGGAUGUGGACGAGUGUCUGGACAACAAUGGCGGAUGCCAGCAAGUGUGUGUCAACACCAUGGGGAGCUACGAGUGUCAGUGCACACACGGCUUUUUCCUCAGUGACAACCAGCACACCUGCAUCCACCGCUCUGAUGAUGGCAUGAACUGCAUGAACAAGGACCACGGCUGUGCCCACAUCUGCAGAGAGGCUCCGGGCAAAGGUGGGGUGUCAUGCGAGUGCCGCCCCGGCUUUGAACUGGCCAAAAACCAGAAAGACUGUACAUUGACGUGUAACUAUGGAAACGGGGGUUGCCAGCACACCUGUGAUGACACGGACACAGGGCCGGUGUGCGGCUGCCACCAGAAAUAUGCUUUGCACUCAGACAGCAAGACCUGCAUCGAGAAAGAUGAGGCUGCAAUUGAGAGCUCUGAGUUCAAUGCCACGUCAGUAGCUGAUGUGGACAAGCGGGUGAAACGGCGGCUACUUAUGGAAACCUGCGCCGUUAACAACGGUGGCUGUGACAGGACGUGUAAAGACACGGCCACAGGGGUGCGCUGCAGCUGCCCAGUGGGAUUCACCCUGCAGCCUGAUGGGAAAACAUGUAAAGACAUCGAUGAAUGCCAGGAGAACAACGGAGGCUGCGAUCACUUCUGCAGGAACACAGUGGGCUCCUUCGAGUGCAGCUGUCAAAAAGGCCACAAACUGCUCACAGACGAACGCACAUGUCAAGACAUUGACGAGUGCUCCUUUGAGAGAACCUGUGACCACACCUGCAUCAACUACCCUGGCAGCUUCGAGUGCGUGUGCAACAAAGGAUACAUCCUGUACGGCCUGACUCACUGUGGAGACAUAGAUGAGUGCAGCAUCAACAAUGGGAGCUGUGAGUUUGGCUGCAUUAACACUCAGGGCAGCUACGAGUGUGUGUGUCCACUGGGACAAAAACUCCACUGGAACAGGAAAGACUGCAUCGAGGCGGUGAAAUGCCUGCCCAAUGGGAAGCCAGCGCCCCGUGCCCAGUUGACCUGCACGAAAAAUGGAGGGGCGGAGGUUUGCUCGCUCUCCUGCCCUUCCAACGCACUCUUCCUUGCAGACUCAGAGAACAGCUACACACUAAGCUGCGGAGUGCCAGUCCAGCCCAGUAAAGCUCCACCUCAGAAGAGGAAUACCACCACUGCCUUACCCACCUGUGCCGACACACUGGCUCCGCCCAUCAAGCAGAAGGCCAGAUUCAAGAUCAAAGAUGCCAAGUGCCACCUGAGGCCCCGCAACAAAGAGAAACACAGAGAUUCAUCCAGGCAGAACCUACAAGGAGGCCAGUUCCCCUGCACUGACGACUGCCAGGUGACGUUUGUCAAUCUUAAAUGUGACUCAUCUAAGAAGCGGCGGCGAGGACGCAAAUCCCCUUCAAAAGAGGUUUCACACAUCACAGCUGAGUUUGAGAUGGAGAUGAAGGAGGAGGAAGCCUCAGACUCGUGUAAUGUGGACUGCGUGCGCGAGAGGGUGAAGCAGAAGCUGCAGAGCGCCAUGCGGACACUCAGGAAGUCCAUCAACAAACAGCAGUUCUACAUCCAGUUCUCUGGGACAGAAUACGAAGUGGCCCAGAAACCAUCCAGAGCACCAGAGGGCGCUGAGGCCUGCAGUACCGGCCAAGUGUUACGAGAUGGGAAGUGUGUGAGCUGUGCUGUGGGGACGUACUACAGUGGAGAGCAGGAGCAGUGUGUCCAGUGUCCUCCAGGGACGUACCAGGACACGGGGGGUCAGCUGUCCUGUGAGCCGUGCCCCAGCACGGAUGGACAGAGUGUCGCUGGAGCCAAGAAUGUGUCUCAGUGUGGAGGUCAGUGUCCAGCUGGUCACUUCUCUGCUGACGGCUUCCGUCCAUGCCAUCCAUGUCUGCUGGGCUUGUACCAGCCUGAGCCAGGCCGAGUGCUCUGCUUCCCGUGUGGUGGAGGCCUCAUGACCAAGUACGAAGGAUCAAUGUCUUUCAGGGACUGUGAGGCCAAAGUUCACUGUGCUCCUGGACACUACUACAACUCCAGUACCCACCGUUGUAUCCGCUGUCCGGUCGGAACCUACCAGUCUGACUUUGCGCAAAACUACUGCAUCACCUGCCCCGGGAACACCACCACUGACUUUGAUGGUGCCACCAACGUCUCUCACUGCAAAAACCAGCUGUGUGGAGGUGAGCUAGGAGAGUACACAGGCUACAUUGAGUCUCCUAACUACCCUGGAGAUUAUCCCUCCAAUGUGGACUGUGUCUGGACCAUUAACCCACCACACAAGAGGCGGAUCCUCAUUGUGGUACCAGAGAUCUUCCUCCCCAUUGAGGAUGAGUGUGGAGAUGUACUGGUCAUGAGGAAGAGUGCCCUGCCCACCUCCAUCACCACCUACGAGACGUGUCAGACCUACGAGCGGCCCAUCGCCUUUACCUCUCGCUCUCGUAAGCUCUGGAUCCAGUUCAAGUCCAAUGAGGGCAACAGUGGCAAAGGCUUCCAAGUUCCAUAUGUAACCUAUGAUGAGGAUUACCAGCAGCUGAUAGAGGACAUAGUGCGAGAUGGCAGACUAUACGCCUCUGAGAACCAUCAGGAGAUACUGAAGGACAAGAAGCUGAUAAAAGCCUUGUUUGACGUACUGGCUCACCCCCAGAACUACUUCAAAUACACGGCACAGGAGUCCAAAGAGAUGUUCCCUCGCUCCUUCAUCAAGCUGCUGCGCUCCAAAGUCACCAGAUUCUUACGACCGUACAAAUAGACCGACCCUCUCCCCCUUACUGUUCCGUGAAAGACCCUCAUCAUCCCAUAUCAUUCCAGCUCCCCUGCCUGGAUCAAAUCAUCGAUGUGCCCAUUCAGUGACUUAACAUCUCGGUAUUUUAUAUUUGUCCUCAAUUAGUCACAUGUAGCCUUUCCUCAUCUUUGACCCCUUUAUGUAGUAAUAUAUGAUUAACCCAGCCCCCUCCUCUUAGUGCUGCUUUUUCUCUAAGGUUUGACUGAUAUGGGUUUUGAAAGGCCAGUAUUAAUAAUUUAAUAAGGUUGUGGAAGAACCAUGACAUAUUGUGUGUGUAUAUAUUGUUUUAAAUUUGACACUUGAUUGUUGAAUUCAAAAAUUCAAUACAGAUUAAAGAAUUUUUAACCAAAUCAAAAAUAUAGUCUUUACAGUGAUAUAUACUUUACAAUGGAUUUCAAAACAAUGAUAUAAAUAAAUCACUGUCACUGUAUCUUCAGACACAGCACUGAUCCCCACGAGGCCUCAUCAGGUUUUACCAUUACAUAAAGUUAGAGCAGACAAAAUUACUCUUAUAAAAUGCCAUUUUUCUCCAUUAUACAUCAUAAUUCACUGUACAGAAGUGGUAUGGAGCAGCAGUUAGUUGAAUAUUGGGAAAUUAAUACCUUUUUAAGCUGGCAACUCAAAGGUCCAGUGUGUAGAAUUCAGAUAUUGAAUACAAUGUUUAUAAUUAUGUGUCUUUGAUUUAUUCUUACCCUGAAACCUUUAAAGUGAACUAGGAGUGGGUCCUCUUCCAUGGAGUCUCUCAUGUUGUACCACCAUGUUUGUACAAUAGCCCUGAAUGGACAGAUUUAAAGUGAUGUUUCCUGAAGACCACCAUAGUUUCUUAUAUACACAUGGGAGCCAAAAGAUCAUGUAGGCUCACAAUCUGGCAACUUAACUUUGACAUAUGAAAUCUACACAAAUUUGAUAGUUAGCAUUUUGAUAGUAUAAGUAUACCUGUUAGCUUUCUUGCUAAUGGUGCACUGACAUACUUGGUGGAAGCGUCUGUUGAAAUGCUGCCUAGUCCCCUGCUUGCACUGGAGAAGCUAAGAAAUCCAUAACUUUCCAAGCAGCAGUGGAAGUGCAAGAGAUAUUUUUUAUGCUAAAACAGCAAACUGCCCAAAAGAAGGUUUACCAUUUUUUGUUUUUGGAGUGCACCCCCAAAACAUCUUGCAUCAGCCUUGACAUGAUACUGAUUUAGCAGUUUCUUAUAUCUGCCUCCAGCACAUGUAUGUGUGAUUAUAACUUAGUACUUGGACCAUUUAUUAACUAUAAAUCAUCCAUAAAGCAUUCAUGAAAUUCAUUGCUUAAUAGAGUGUAAAGUGUGAAUGCUAAUUUGGGGGUUGGUGUUUUUUUUACUCUUUCUUGAUUGGGUGUCGUGACUCCUGGUCCACACUGGUCCUCAUAAAGGCAGAUACUUGUUUGAACUCGAAGACAGAGCCUGUCUUUAUGUUAGCUUGGCUAACGAUUGGAGGUCUCCUUUCCACCUGGCAUUAGAAUACAUUUUCUGUGAUCAGAUAGUGAUUGAAGCAGGGGAAGAAGAUGUCUUUGACAAGCGGAAAACCAAUCUUGUUGCAUUACACUUUUGCAGUCCACGCUUGGGUGU